AGUUCCCUCAGGCUGUUGGCAGAGAGAUUCCGAAAUGGCGGUGCAGCCGAAGGAGACACUGCAGCUGGAGAGCGCAGCCGAGAUCGGCUUCGUGCGCUUCUUCCAGGGCAUGCCUGAGAAGCCGACCACCACGGUGCGCCUUUUCGACCGGGGCGACUUCUACACCGCGCACGGCGAGGACGCACUCCUAGCUGCCCGGGAGGUGUUCAAGACCCAGGGGGUGGUCAAGUUCAUGGGGCCGGCAGGAGCAAAGACUCUGGAGAGUGUUGUGCUUAGUAAAAUGAAUUUUGAAUCUUUUGUAAAAGAUCUUCUUCUAGUUCGUCAAUACAGAGUUGAAGUUUAUAAGAAUAGAGCUGGAAAUAAGGCCUCCAAGGAGCAUGACUGGUAUUUGGCAUUUAAGGCUUCGCCAGGUAAUCUUUCUCAAUUUGAAGACAUUCUCUUUGGUAACAAUGAUAUGUCAGCUUCCAUCGGUGUCGUGGGUGUUAAGAUGUCUACAGUUGAUGGCCAGAGACAGGUUGGAGUUGGAUAUGUUGACUCCAUACAGCGGAAGCUAGGACUGUGUGAGUUUCCUGAUAAUGAUCAGUUCUCCAAUCUGGAGGCUCUCCUGAUUCAGAUUGGACCGAAGGAAUGUGUUUUACCAGGAGGAGAUACUGCUGGAGACAUGGGAAAACUGAGGCAGGUUAUUCAGAGAGGAGGAAUUCUAAUCACAGAAAGAAAAAGAGCUGACUUUUCUACAAAAGAUAUUUAUCAGGACCUCAACCGGCUGUUGAAAGGCAAAAAGGGAGAACAGAUGAAUAGUGCUGUAUUGCCAGAAAUGGAGAAUCAAGUUGCAGUUUCUUCAUUGUCUGCUGUAAUCAAGUUUUUAGAACUCUUAGCAGAUGACUCAAACUUUGGACAGUUCGAACUGACUACUUUUGACUUCAGCCAGUACAUGAAAUUGGAUAUGGCAGCAGUAAGAGCCCUUAACCUUUUCCAGGGUUCUGUUGAAGAUACUGCUGGCUCUCAGUCUCUGGCUGCAUUGCUGAAUAAAUGCAAAACCCCUCAAGGACAAAGACUAGUUAACCAGUGGAUUAAGCAGCCUCUCAUGGACAAGAACAGAAUAGAAGAGAGAUUAAAUUUAGUGGAAGCAUUUGUAGAAGAUGCAGAAUUGAGGCAGAGUUUACAAGAAGAUUUACUUCGUCGAUUUCCAGAUCUUAACCGACUUGCCAAGAAAUUUCAAAGACAAGCAGCAAACUUACAAGAUUGUUACCGACUCUAUCAGGGUAUAAAUCAACUCCCUAAUGUUAUUCAGGCUAUGGAAAAAUAUGAAGGACAACAUCAGGCAUUGUUGUUGGCAGUUUUUGUGACUCCUCUUAUUGAUCUUCGUUCUGAUUUCUCCAAGUUUCAGGAAAUGAUAGAAACAACUUUAGAUAUGGAUCAGGUGGAGAACCAUGAAUUCCUUGUAAAACCUUCAUUUGAUCCUAACCUGAGUGAAUUAAGAGAAAUAAUGGAUGACUUAGAAAAGAAGAUGCAGUCAACAUUAAUAAGUGCAGCUAGAGACCUAGGUUUGGAUCCUGGCAAACAGAUUAAACUGGAUUCCAGUGCACAAUUUGGAUAUUAUUUUCGUGUAACGUGCAAGGAAGAAAAAGUCCUUCGCAAUAAUAAAAAUUUCAGUACAGUGGAUAUCCAGAAGAAUGGUGUUAAAUUUACCAACAGUAAAUUGACUUCUCUCAAUGAAGAGUAUACCAAAAAUAAAACCGAGUACGAGGAAGCCCAGAAUGCCAUUGUUAAAGAAAUCGUCAAUAUUUCUUCAGGCUAUGUAGAACCGAUGCAGACACUCAAUGAUGUGUUGGCUCAGCUAGAUGCCGUUGUCAGCUUUGCUCAUGUGUCAAAUGGAGCACCUGUCCCAUAUGUGCGGCCGGUCAUUUUGGAGAAAGGACAAGGGAGAAUUACAUUGAAAGCAUCCAGACAUGCUUGUGUUGAAGUUCAAGAUGAAGUUGCAUUUAUUCCUAAUGAUGUUCACUUUGAAAAAGAUAAGCAGAUGUUCCACAUAAUUACUGGUCCCAAUAUGGGAGGUAAAUCAACAUAUAUUCGCCAGACUGGGGUAGUAGUUCUUAUGGCCCAAAUUGGGUGUUUUGUGCCGUGUGAAUCAGCAGAAGUGUCCAUUGUGGACUGCAUCUUGGCCCGGGUAGGGGCUGGUGACAGCCAACUGAAAGGAGUCUCCACAUUCAUGGCUGAAAUGUUAGAGACUGCUUCUAUUCUCAGGUCUGCAACCAAAGAUUCUUUAAUAAUCAUAGAUGAAUUGGGAAGAGGAACCUCUACCUAUGAUGGAUUUGGGUUAGCGUGGGCUAUAUCAGAGUACAUUGCAACAAAGAUCGGUGCUUUUUGCAUGUUUGCAACCCAUUUUCAUGAACUUACUGCCUUAGCCAAUCAGAUACCAACUGUUAAUAAUCUACAUGUCACAGCACUAACUACUGAGGAGACCUUAACUAUGCUUUAUCAGGUGAAGAAAGGUGUCUGUGAUCAAAGUUUUGGGAUUCACGUUGCCGAGCUUGCUAAUUUCCCCAGGCAUGUAAUAGAGUGUGCUAAACAAAAAGCCCUGGAACUAGAGGAGUUUCAGAAUAUUGGGGCACCACAGGAGCAUGAUGAAAUGGAACCAGCGGCAAAGAGAUGCUAUCUGGAAAGAGAGCAAGGUGAAAAAAUUAUUCAGGAGUUCGUAUCCAAGGUGAAGCAAGUGCCCUUUACUGAAAUGUCAGAAGAAAACAUCACAAUGAAGUUAAAACAGCUGAAAGCUGAGGUGAUGGCAAAGAAUAAUAGUUUCGUAAAUGAAAUCAUUUCACGAAUAAAGGUUACUACGUGAGAAAAUGCCCUUAAUGGAAUGAAGAUAAUAUUGAUAAGCUCUUGUCUUGUAAUGCUUUUGUAUUGUUUUAUAUUAACCCUUUUUCUAUAGUGUUGGCAAUUGAUGCUAAUGAGAUAUCAAGGCAAUAAAAUAUUUAGUAUACUUUGCUCUA